UUUUGUUGGCAAAUUUCCUCCGAGCCUGUCUCGUCUCCUCUCUUCCCCUUCCUACCCCGAGGGUCCUGACCUACAUCUCUAACGCCGGCCGUACCUCCGCCUCACCGCCGACGCCCUCGAUUGUCCCCCCUCCCAACCCCCGCCGCCGUCUCCGUUCCCGUUCCUCCUCGUCGCGUCCCUGCUGUCUCCGCCCCGUCCGCGAUUUUGAGCAUUGGGGGGUUUUCAGUAAUUUCAGCUCUACCAUCAAUCAUGAGUCUAGCGUGUCUCGUAUGCCAUGGCAUGAGCAGCCCUUCACAGUCUUUCAGAAGUUAUUCAGUCUCAAGCUCAGAGGAGGAAAACAGGUGUGGAGCUGCUGUUGCCUGCCUAUCGCGGAAAAUUUUGGCCGCAGGACCUGCUAACUGUGUGGGAACCUCAAAGGUGACACCUGUAAUGGCCACUGGACAAGGCAUUGAGGGUGCUCCUCGCCUUCAACGGAGCCGUGCUGUUUCAAGGGAUCUUGUCAGGGACUGGAACUUCGACGAGAUCGUUGUUGGGAACUAGAGUAGUAGGGUGCCAGCAGUUAUCCCCAGGACAUUGGACUAUUAUCUGGCAGGAGUUGAUGUACAUUUUCUAGUAUACAUCUGGAUAUCUAUGUACUAUAUUAGUACGCGCUCAAUCAAAGGGCAAAUUAUUCAAGACUACUGGUUACUACCUAUAGAGACCGCUCCUGGCUUGUUAUAUACUCCCUCCGUUCCUAAAUACUUGUCUUUCUAGGCAUUUCAACAAGUGACUACAUACGGAGCAAAAUGAGUGAAUCUACACUCUAAAACAUGUCUACAUACAUCCGUAUGUAAUAGUCAUUUAAAAUGUCUAGAAAGACAAAUAUUUAGGAACGGAGGGAGUAAUACAAGAGUACUGGUUACUACCUAUAGAGACCGCUCCUGGCUUGUUAUAUAA